AAGAUUGGUGUUUACGAUAAGCAACCAUGGGAGAGGACCAUAGAGAGAGUUGUCAGUCAGAGCCUGCACAAUUUGACGAAGAAGAGAGCCAAAGUGAACAAAGAUCUGAUUGAUGUCGACCUCGUCAGAGGUUCGACAUUUUCCAAGAUCAAGCCUCGUCACAGCUGGUUGACAAUCUCUCGAAUGUCACUUGUCAGAAUCUUGCUCCUACCUCUCUACUACAAAUGGUGGGUAGAUUGUUGUGGUAGGUCGACGUUCAUCUUGCUUGCGUUCCUCUACGCCCUUCAAUCCAGCGCGUUCUACAUCUAUUUCACCGACGAUCUCACUCCAAAUGAUGAGGUGGCUCUCUCCCUGGCCCACCUGCUAACUCCAUGCAUCAUGAUUCUAGUCCUGGCCAUUGUUCAUACUCAGAUUGUUUCGUCGUCUUCAGCUGCUGCCAUUCAACACCAGCAACAACAACAACAGCAGCAACAACAACAGCAGCAACAACAGAAAGAUAAGACGUCCUCCACGUAUAAGAUCUCACAGUACAGAGAUAGGUUUGCAUUUUGUCUACAUAUACUUAGAAUGAUGAUAUGA